GGGUGCGGCCAGGCGGCAGCUGAGGCUGCGGAGACGGGGGCGGUGGCCGCGCGGGUCUGGCGGGACCGGUUUAGAGGACCACGCCGCCUUGCAGGUUGCCAUGGCUGCUGUUGACAGCUUCUACCUCUUGUACAGGGAAAUCGCCAGGUCUUGCAAUUGCUAUAUAGAAGCUCUAGCUUUGGUUGGAGCCUGGUAUACGGCCAGAAAAAGCAUCACUGUCAUCUGUGACUUCUAUAGCCUGAUCAGGCUGCAUUUUAUCCCCCGCCUGGGGAGCAGAGCGGACCUGAUCAAGCAGUAUGGAAGAUGGGCCGUCGUCAGCGGUGCAACAGAUGGGAUUGGAAAGGCCUACGCUGAAGAGUUAGCAAGCCGAGGUCUCAGUAUCAUCCUGAUGAGUCGGAAUGAGGAGAAGUUGCGGGUUGUUGCUAAAGACAUAGCCGACACGUACAAAGUGGAAACUGAUAUUAUCGUUGCGGACUUCAGCCGUGGCCGUGAGAUCUACCUUCCCAUUCAAGAAGCCCUGAAAGACAAAGACAUUGGCAUCUUGGUAAAUAACGUGGGUGUGUUUUAUCCCUACCCGCAGUAUUUCACGCAGCUCUCCGAGGACAAACUCUGGGACAUCAUAAAUGUGAACAUUGCCGCUGCUAGUUUGAUGGUCCAUGUAGUGUUACCAGGAAUGGUGGAGAGAAAGAAAGGUGCCAUUGUCACGAUCUCUUCUGGCUCCUGCUGCAAACCCACUCCUCAGCUGGCUGCAUUUUCUGCUUCUAAGGCUUACUUAGAUCACUUCAGCAGAGCCUUGCAGUAUGAAUAUGCCUCUAAGGGAAUCUUUGUACAGAGUCUAAUCCCUUUCUGUGUAGCCACCAACACGACAGUGCCCAGCAGCUUUUUGCACAGGUGCUCGUGGUUGGUGCCUUCGCCAAAAGUCUAUGCACAUCAUGCCGUUUCUACCCUUGGGAUUUCCAAAAGGACCACAGGAUACUGGUCCCAUUCUAUUCAGUUUCUUUUUGCACAGUACAUGCCUGAAUGGCUCUGGGUGUGGGGAGCAAAUAUUCUCAACCGUUCACUACGUAAAGAGGCCUUAUCCUGCACGGCCUGAGUCUGGAUGGCCACUUGAGAGAAGUUUUGCCAACUCCUGGGAACCUUGGUACUCCAACAUUUGGAAAAACACAUUUAAUUUAUCUUAUGUGUUUUAUUGCUGAUUUUUAGCAUACUGUUGAUUUGUCAUUUGCAAAGCAGAUGUAAUACUGUCAGAGAGUGCUGUGAAGAAACCUCAAGGGUGUGUGAAUGGCACAGAGUCAGUAAUGACUGACGCUGAUUGAGGAUAUAUAAAUUUCAGUGCUUUUCCCCUAAGCUGUUCAAAAGUGACGCUUUUCUAUUGGUCUAGGAGCCACAGCAGUCUAGUAUUGAAAUAUAAUGUGAUUUGUCAGCUCUUAUAAUUUCGGAUGUUGCUUUUUAAGGGAAAUUGACUAUUUCACUAUAGGAGUUGUACUGGAAUGUGCAUCAGGAAAGACUACUGGAAAGUAUUAAUUUAUAACUAAGGUUGCUGGUACUAUUAGCAGGAAAAAUCUGUGUGUAUUGUGUAGCUCUAGCUGUUUGACUAUCUGUUAAGAAAAUGCUGCACUUCAACUGGUAUUUCAUUAGAGAAUUGUGUGUGUGUGUGUGUGUGUGUGUGUCUGUGUGUGUGUGUGUGUCUGUGUCUGUGUGGUGUCUUUGAGCAACUUUAUGGUUACCAUAUUUUUAAAGAGAUUUUUUCUCAGAAUGACUUAACAUGGACUCUUACAGCAUAUUAAAAAGUCUAGAUUAUUCCUUUUCAUACUAAAUAAGCCUACCAAAUUUCAUUCUGUUGGUUUGCUGUGAAUAAUAUUAACUUCCUACAUUAUAUUUUUGUUGGUUUGUCUCAAAUCUGCUAUGGAAUGAAUUGAUUCCUAGAUUUGGAUAUGUGAGAGACACUUGCAGUCAUCUUUUGAUUUAUAAAGCAAUUCUUGUGGCUAAGUAGUGAUUUCUCAGCCUCUGACCCAUUUUAUAACUGAAAUUUUGCCCUUUAGAGCUUAUUAUAUCUGGUUUUCAUACAUUUUUCUAUGUAAUAUUCCAUUCCAGUAGCAUUAUUGAUAUAAAUAUUAAGUAUUUAUGGAAUAGUAAAAUACGGACAAAUUAUGUGUGUGACAUGAUAUAUCUGUCAAAAUAAUAAGUUAGAAAGCAGCUUAUUCUUGGUUUGUGUAAUGAAUUUUUGUAUUUUAGUGAAUACCUUUAUUGGUGUGAAGAUAAUUAUGCACAAACCCUCACAAUAUGCGUUAACAUUGAAACCUACUAUGAAAUGUCUUCAGUUUGGGUCUUACAAAGCCAACCAUUUUUGAGGACCACAUACCUAGUGCGUUGAAGACUAUGUCACUAUAUGAAUAUGACAGUACGUGCACAUUUAAAAUUCAGAGGUCAGCAUUGUGACGCUGACGCAUAAGCUAGUAGAUUGGUUAAAAGUC